AUGCAUGUUAUGUUCUGCAGAGGAUCAGAAUCCUCACUGAAGCAGUGUGAGUCACUAGGAUGGGGUAAACAUUCCUGUAAUCAUGGGAAGGAUGUUGGAGUGAUCUGCUCAGAGACACCCCAGGCUGUCUUGACGGUCUCUCCACAUGGGCGGAUAUAUAGAGGACAAGCUGUCAGCCUCUCUUGUGAGGUCACAGUGCCCUCUGCUGGCUGGGAAUAUUACUGGUACAAAGGAGAUGGAUCAAGUGGCACUGCCCUCAUUGCCAGUACAGCUGAAGGCUCGUACACCCUCAGUGCUGCAGCUCUUGCACACACCGGGGAGUACAGCUGCAGAGCAGGGAGGAGCAACCCAGUCUGGUACACAGAGUACAGUCACCCUGUCCACAUACAGGUAACAGGCAGAGUGAUGUGUGGUCUGGGUGCUGCUCCUCUCCUGCUGGCCACCAUUGUACUGUGUGUGAAAUGGUACAGGAGACCAGGGCCGUCUAAUGAACCAGCUGUCCGCUACACUGGAGGGAAUGUGGAAAUUGCCAUAUAAAACACACAGAGGCUGGGUCCGUGUACUUAUGUGAAAUGAGAAUGAAGUCUGAGAGCUCAGGACUCUUUUUUCAUCAUUGUGAUGUUUCCCAGCUUGCAGGAGGGGAAAUUGGGAGUGCAGUCAUGGGGGCAUUUUAGGGAAUGGGAACAGGAAGAUGUUGUGUCUUUAAAGCGCAGCAUCUGUACAAUAUGAGCAGAGUUUCUGAUUCACCUGGGCUGCACUUGUGAUCUUCCUGUAGUUAGUUUGCUUUGAUUGCUGUAUGUUUGUUCUAGGUUAGGUCACUGAUGCAGUAA